UCUGAGACAGGAAUUCUGAAGCGUAGUUGGUUCAGGGGGACUUUUGUGCAACCAACACAAAGACGCAGAUGCACCGUAUAUCAGUUUGGGCGCACAUUUGCAGGACCUAAAUCCCAGAUUUUAACUGGAUAUUUAAAAGCUUACUUAAACCAUGGAACAAUAACCGUACAGAGUUACUUGCACUUUACCACCAGUUUCAAGCUCCGCAGCAGAAUUUCGCGAGCAUCUCUCAGUCUGUGCUUGGAAAGUGCAGAAUGCACCGUGCUUUCUGAUUGUCUUAUUUUAUCCCAGCAAUGAUCCCCCAGCAGCAGAAUCAUGUUGUUGCUACUAUUGAAAACAUUCCUGCUGAAAGCAUUACAGCGUCACCAACGGUGCUCCAGAGGAUUAGGAACGUCUUUAACAGGGAGCUGUUGCUAUCUCUGGCUCUGGGCCAGGUUCUGUCACUGCUGAUUUGUGGCAUAAGCCUGACAAGCAAGUACUUGGCAGAUGAUUUCCAAGCCAACACUCCUGUCUUUCAAAGUUUUCUUAACUACAUCCUUCUGUUCCUGGUCUACACUACCACAUUAGCUGUGAGACAAGGAGAAGAAAACUUAUUGGCAAUAUUGAAAAGAAGAUGGUGGAAGUACAUGAUCCUAAGCUUGAUAGAUAUCGAAGCCAAUUACCUGGUAAUCAAAGCUUACCAGUACACAACACUGACAAGUGUGCAGCUGCUAGACUGCUUUGUUAUCCCUGUGGUGCUAUUACUGUCCUGGUUCUUCUUGCUGGUGAGGUACAAGGCAGUUCACUUCGUUGGAAUCGGAGUGUGCCUGCUGGGGAUUGGCUGCAUGGUGGGGGCUGAUGUGCUGGCUGGCAGGCAGCAGGGGUUGGGAGAACACAAGCUCCUGGGAGACCUGUUGGUGUUGGGUGGAGCCACGCUGUACGGCAUCUCCAAUGUGUGCGAGGAGUUCAUUGUGAAGAACCUCAGUCGAGUGGAGUUUCUAGGAAUGAUUGGACUCUUUGGGUCUUUCUUCAGUGGCAUACAGUUAGCUAUAAUGGAACAUAAGGAACUGUUAAGGGUACCAUGGGAUUGGCAAAUAGGGUUGCUGUAUAUUGGAUUCAGUGCCUGCAUGUUUGGCCUGUAUAGUUUCAUGCCAGUGGUCAUUAAAAGGACCAGUGCCACAGCUGUCAACCUCUCCCUGUUAACAGCAGACCUUUACAGUCUCUUCUGUGGAUUAUUCCUUUUCCAUUUCAAGUUUUCAGGUCUGUACCUGCUGUCCCUUUUUACCAUCAUCAUGGGAUUGAUAUUAUACGCCUCCUCUUCAACCUACGUUGCCCAGGACCCUCGGGUCUACAAGCAGUUCCGCAACUCCUCAGGACCUGCGACAGACACCCCGGCCACAGGGCCGCUGGAGCCAUCAGUCACCUAUACCAGUCUGGGGCAGGGGACUGAAGAGGAGCCCCGCGUUCGAGUGGCCUGAGCUGGAUGGGGGGGCAAGGGGGUACUGCCAUUAUCAACUGUGGCCCACUCACUGUGUAUAGAGAAAGGAAUUUGCUAGCUGAACAUCAGGAAUGAAAAAAAGAAAGAACAGGAAUGAAUACACUGUGUGUUCAGACAUUGCCUCAUGACCCAGGUUGUUGAACAGUUUCCUGUUUUUAGAUUUUUUUUUUUCUAUUGGUUUUUGAAGAUAUUCAUCCAAUACACUUUAUACAGAUGCAUAAAGAUAAAGGCUGUUGGAAUUAGGAAGCCUGGUUUAGAAAAUAUGCCUAUUUUAGAACUGAGAAGAAACCACCGAAGUAAGAAUGUCACGGUGAGACAAUAUAUCUUCAAAAAUAUGAACACUACAUAUAUGCCAAAGGCAGGACCCGGUCUCUAGCAGCCUGUUUGCCAAAUUGUGAAAUUACUUUCUCUAAAUACAGUGUAACAUAAAAAUGUUCACCCCUGUAUUGUUUCUUUUUAUAUUUACAUUCAUCCAUAUUGUGUACAUUUUUGGUAUUUAUUCUUGUAAUGCUCCUUUGUUUUAUGUUGUUUAUUUCAACUAAUUUUAGGUGUAAGUUGUUCUUAUACGUAUGUGUAUCCACAUCGGUCAGGUUAUUGUGUUGAUCAGUUUUUGUUUUUUAUUGGUUGGCAAUUGACCGAUGGUUUAAUAGUACCAUCUACAACACAGAAAAAAAGGAAAAAUGUCUCAUCUAUAAGGAAUAGGUUUUAAAUGUUGAAAUAAACACUGCAUAUUGUAUCAGCCAUUCCCAGUGUUUUUGCACAUUUAAUGUUCCACAAUGCCUAACCCGUGGUGAGUUUCCAACCCCACAGCAAAUGUUGAGGCUUAAAUAAUUAGCAAACAAUUGCAUAGGGUAUCCCAAGUAUUUAUGUGAAAGACACACAUUGCUCUAUCUCCUGUUCUUUAACAGUGAGUAAGCCCACAUUUUCAAUACUUCUGUCAGACACAGAUGGGAUGUGGCUGUAAAAAAAAAAAAAAAAAAAAACUAAUUCCCUGACUAUAUAGCUAAUGCCCCACAUACAGAAAAAUCAACAUUUUGGUGUUACCGUGUAGACUAUAUAAUAAACCAUACCUCAUCUCACGAGUGCAGAUACACAAUGUUAUCAAUAUUCUGGCUUUGACGGACUCAAUCAAUGUGCAAUGUGGAGUGUAUUUGAGCCAGAAAAGGCAUCUCCAUUUUCUAUGUUAAAUUUUCAUUAUAUGUCAAAAGGACUCCUAUUGGAGUUCAAGGUAUACAUUCCAGCUAAUAUGUUAUAUAAUAAACACAUUUAUCACUAUACAAGGUACUAUUUCAGUAUUUGCACCACUGUGUAAUUAAGAAAGGUUAUUGUCUAGUUUAGAUAAUUAUAACUUGUGUUAUUAACAUUUAGACAAGUGUGCAGUUCUUACCUUUUGUUGUUCUAACCAUUUAGAAAUCUUCAGAAAUAGCUAUGACAACAAACUGUACCCCAUGGGUAAAAAGUCUUUAGUUGAUAAAUCCGUCUAAAGUACACUUAACUCAAGACUGCAAAUGGAAAUGAAAAGCCAAAAACUGCACAUUUUCAGUGAAAAAAAAAAACAACAAUAACAAAAAAAAAAAAAAAAAAAAAACUAACUUUUUGAUAUCUGCAUGCUCUUAAUGGACUGGCUGUGGUAAUGUAAUACCUGUAUGAUGUUUUCAAAUAAAUGCUUUAUGAAACCUAA